CUCACCCCCUCCCCACCACUCGACAUAAAUACCUCUGAGGACCUAAUCCUGUUAGAACUACUUUCCCCUCUCCCUCUCCCUUCCCUUUCCUCUGCCCCCUUGCAUUCUGUCACUCAACUCCUCUACUUCCCCAUAAGACAACCAACCACCAGCACCACCGCGUGGUACUUGCCCACCAACGCGAUAAACACCACCCCACAAUUCUCCCCCAUCCACCAAUUCCACUCCAAAAGCACUUGCGAAAAUAAACUACGUGCCUCUGCGUGCCUCCAAAACUCACGCAUUGCCAAUCUUUUCCUUAAAAAACAACUUUGCCUUUCUUUUAAACGCGCAAAAAACACAGAUAUCCACCCCAUCCCCACAAAAUGAGCGAACCAGUUCUACGUCGAAGCGGACGGAAUAUCGCAAAGAAGGAAGCGGCCCCUCCACCCCCUGCACCCGGGCCAGCCCCCAAGAAACGCGCAUCCACGGAGCCUAAGAAGCCUUCCGCGAAAAAGGCAAGAACGGUGGUCGACAAGGCCCCCACUGUUGUCAAGAAUGCCGUAAGUAAGGAUAAGGACAGCAAGAAGGAGGACGCCAGCAAGAAGAAACCAGAGGGAGAGGCAUCCGCGUCUGCGGCGGCUGCUGAAGUAAAGGCCGCGCCAAUUCCGGCGGCAGAAUCCUCUUCUGCUGCACCGACAGUAACUACUACCAUUGUUACUACUACUGCCGGUACCAAAUCUGCCGCUAAGGCGAAGAGUGGAAAGGCAAAGGCCAAGAGAGCCGAUGCAGCUGAGGAAGCGGCAGCCGCACUCGGGGAUGGCGAUUUAUUGCCAAACACGUUACCAGAGGUUCAGACCCAUGAUGGUGGGAAAACCACGUUGACAGCUAUUCUCGCGCAAGCUUCAAAGGGGAUCGUGAUCUUUGCUUAUCCUAAAGCGUCCACCCCAGAGUGCACUACGCAAGCCUGUCUCUUCAGGGAUAACUACACCGCCUUCACGGAUGCCGGUUACUCCGUCUACGGCCUCUCGGGUGACCAGCCUGUCGCGAAUGAGAAGUUUCGCAAUAAGCAGAACUUGACAUACACACUCCUCUGUGACCCGACCUACGAGCUCCACGAAAAGCUUGGCAUCAAGAAGUCGCCCAAGGGAACCGUCCGCAGUGUCAUCAUUAUUGAGAAGACCUCGGGCGACGCCGCCGCCGCCACGCACCCGGGCAAAAUUCUGCGUAAGACGAAGGCCUCCGCACACGUGUCGCUUCAGGUUGCUAAGGAAGUUGUCGGCCUUGAUGGUACGAAGAAGGAUGCUGAGGGUGGUGGGAAGAAGGAUGCUGCGGGUGACGUUACGUUGCCGGAUGCUGGGGCUGCGGGUGAGGGGGUAGCUUAAUUCUCUUUACUGCUCUCCACUUCUUCCUCUUCUGUCUAUAAAUAUUCGAUCCUCAUCUGUGGGGAUUGGCUGCUGUUGGGAAUUUCUUGUUUGCUCAUUUGUCUUUCUGUCAUACCUGAGUAUGGGUUUGGUCUUCGGGUUAACAGUGAAGUCUGGAUGAUGGGAACCGGGGAGAAAAGAGGCGGGGAUAGAGAGCGGGGGAAGGGGGGCGCGAGUAGUUAGGUAGGUUCUCGCUUGUUGUGUCUCUGAUUCGAUGUAGAGUACCGGUAGAUCAGAUGAGAUGAGGAGGUCAUCCUCCCCGCUUGUCCCAGCUCUGCCCACCAUGGAACUCCUUUUCGUGUCUUUUCGUUUUCUUUUUUUUUCCUUUGCUUUUUUCGGUCCCCUCUUUCCACAUUUCCCAAGUUUGUCUCUUCCCCGCGUUUUUGCCCUUUUUCCGUCAACCAUCAAAAACCAUAUCUGUUCCUUUUAAGCUCCGUCGGUGGCCUUGGCUUCCCCAUAUUGUUCGAGUUUAACUUUGCCGGUCUCCCAGCCUCUUAUUGUGGAAGAGACUAUGGUAUCGUACUCGUACCAGCGAAAGAAAAUGGGGAUGUCAUUUCAUUAUUAUCAUUUCACAUCUUUCUGUAUGAAUACGAUUUUUUUUUUAUUUCAA